AGACUUGUUAGUAAGUUAUUACUUGAUCCUGUGUCUACUCCUGCUGAGGCUCGGAAAGGGGAAGAGACUGCUUGGGACGUGUUACCAGCUUGCUAUCUUACAAUUCAUCUACUGCAUCACUCAUUGUUGCAGCCAGGCCUCACGCAAGGCUGUCGUUCCUUCUUUCUAGAACACUCCAUUGCUUGCGUCGUCCAGCUUCAUCUGCUGCCGCCUACCGUCGCUUCUUUCUUGCUCGCUCUUAUACUAUAAGAAACAACAUGGACGUGCAUCUCUACAUCUACGACCUCUCAAAUGGUCUCGCACGCAGCAUGUCUGUCGCUCUAACAGGCACCUACUUUGAUGCCAUCUACCACACCUCUGUCGUGCUCAACAACCGAGAGUAUUUCUUUGGUGGCUCAGGCAUUGAGUCUACAAGUCCACCAGGACAAGGUCAUUCUUAUGGAACGCCCAUUGAGCGACGCAAAAUGGGACAAACCCAAAAAUCCAUUCAAGACUGGCAGGACUUCUUGCAUCGCUGUGCAGAAAGCUAUGGUGUGGGCAAAUACCACUUGCUUGAACACAACUGCAAUACCUUUUCUGAUUAUGCACUACAGUUCCUCAUCGACCAGCGUAUUCCUGCAGAAAUCAGUAGUCUACCUUCUGCCUUCCUGGCAACACCGUUUGGCAAGAUGUUUAGACCACAAAUUGAUGCCAUGUAUGCACCCAAUGCCAACGCUGGUGCACGCACUGAAGCACCCAUCACGGGACCCACCUCAUCAAGUGCCAAGGAAGGUCAUCCCGUCCGUGAAACAAGGGUCUCGGAAGCCUUUCAAUUCCUCAACACACCCACCCUCGCCAAGGUUUUUGGCAAAAUCAAGACACAAGAGACGGGCUUGUCGAGUGAUGCUUUGGACAAUGCAGAAGCGUACGUUCAGAGUGUCAUCAGUGGCAAGGCGAAGGAUAGUCAGGCAUCAGCUACAUCGUCUUUGCUGCAAACAUACCUGGAGACUGUUCCACUAGCAGACGCAUUCCCGGGUCUUGACUUACUACGCUUGCUCGUCACAAACACGUAUUUUGCCACACAACUCGCCAACUCACCGCUGCUUGGCAAGAGUGUGACCAUGUCACCCUCAGAAGCCAAAGCAGAGACCUCGACCUGUAGCGUGCACCUCAAGUUUCUUGCGAACAGUUUGGUUCAGGCCAAGACACGCACUGCUGUGGGCGAGCUACUGGAUGCUGGCCUACUAGAACGUGUGGCAGCUUCCUUGCUACAUGAUAGUCCAACGGUACGCAGUGCUGGGCUCAAGACCAUUUGGAAUACACUGCUCCUUGCACCGACGGACAAAGUGAGUGAGGACUUCCGUGUUGCCUGUUUGGCGUCUGUGGAUGCCUUGUCAAAGAGGGAAGGAGAAGGUGGACAGGGUGAGCGGGAGGAGAGGGAGUUGAUGCGAAGGAUUGUCAAGGAGCUGAUGGCACAAGGUGGCAUGGAGACACUGCAGAUGGCGGAUGUGCUGGAGAUGGAUAUAUAGACAUAGACAUGAGCAGCAAGACAGGGAAUAGACUGAAUACUGAAUACUGGA